AGGGCCACCCGCUUUGGACACGGAUGGUCGUGAUUCAAAAAAGGAAUGCUUAUGGGGUUGCCAUCUGGGCGCUCUCCAUGGCCGUUUAACGAGGGUUGCCUGCGGUAGCGGUACCCCUAACGGGAUCUUUUCACUCAAUCGAGACGUUUCACAAGAUGCAACGACCGAGCUACCGAACCCCAACUCGAUUCCCCUCGUUUGGCCGCAAAAUCUCCAAUCCUGGCUCGAUUCCCCGCCGAGGUUUCGCGGGCAUUCCGAGAGCAAGGCGAGAAGAUGGCAGGAACCCCGAAAGGGGUAGCGAACCCCGCACUUCUCAAGAGAUUGAGAAUAGCAUUUACAUGAUGCUUACCAUUCAUCGAUGGGAGUCACUGAAUCACAUGGACUAUAAAUUGGCCAAACUUAGAAAGGUUCAUGGAAAACUAGCUUUGAAAUUUCUAAAUUGGAUCAUCCGGCAGCAGGACUUUGAUCAGAUCACUCACAUGUACGGUAUCACAGUCCAUAUACUUGUUCGGGCUCGGAUGUAUGAGCCUGCAAAAUCCAUAUUGAAACAUCUUUUGAAGAUGGGUAUUCCAUGUUGUUCCCUUUUUCAUUUGCUUAUGCAUACUUACUGCCGUUGCAAUUCAAAUCCUUCAGUUUUUGAUCUUUUGAUUAAGGUUUACAUUAAAGAAGGGUUGCUCAAGGAUGCUAUGAAGACAUUUCGGUUGAUGGGGUCCCAAGGAUUUGCGGCUUCAGUUUAUUCUUGCAAUGCCAUUCUUGCAACUCUUGCAAGGGAGGAGGGAACACCUUCAGUUUGGUUGUUCUACAAGGAGAUGCUAACCAGGAAGAUCCAUCCCGAUGUCAGCACUUUCAAUAUCAUACUGAAUUCUCUUUGUGUUGGCGGAAAGCUUGAGAAAGCUAUUUGUCUUUUAAAAAAAAUGGAAAAGGCUGGCUAUUCACCAAAUAUCGUAACGUACAAUACACUGCUUGAUUGGCAUUGUAAGAAAGGAAGGUUUAAGGCUGCUCUUAAGGUGUUGGACUGCAUGGAGAGAAAAGGCAUCAAGGCAGAUGUGUACACAUAUAACAUACUUAUCGACAACUUAUGUAAAAUAAAUAAGAGUGCCAGAGCUUAUUUAUUGUUAAAAAGGAUGAGAGAGAAUAAAGUUUCUCCCACUGAAAGCACGUACAAUACUCUCAUUAGUGGCUUCUGUAAAGAAGGGAAGAUUAAUGUUGCUACUCGUAUUUUCGAUGACAUGUUAAAUCUUAGUAUGUCUCCAAGUUGUAUUACUUACAAUAUAUUGAUCAAUGGGCACUGUCAAAAUGGAAAUACUGAUGAAGCCUUGAGGAUUAUAUCUGAAAUGGUUGCUGCAGGGGUAAUGCCCAAUGAGAUUACUUAUGGUGCUUUGUUGAAUGGUUAUCGCAAGGCUUCAGAGCUGGAUGCUGCAGUAGAUCUUCUUGAAAAGGUGAGGUCGGAGGGUCUCAACAUCAACUGUAUUAUGUACACAAUCUUUAUACAUGGGUUUUGCAAGGAGGGACAGCUUAAUAGGGCUUUACAAUUUUUUUAUGGUAUGCUUGAGGCUGGGGUUAACCCUGAUGUUGUCACAUAUUCUGCACUUAUAAAUGGUUUGAGCAAAAUGGGUAAGUUUAGCCAAAUAAAGAAGAUUCUAGCAAAGAUGCACAAAACUGGAGUUCUGCCUAAUCAUAUAUUAUAUGCAACAUUAAUUUGUCAUUGUUGCAAGGAUGGAGAUGUAAUGGAAGCAAUGAGCUUGUAUGCUGACAUGUGUCGCAUGGAUCAAUACGCUGAUCGGAUCAUCUGUAACCAAUUAAUUUCUGCUCUUUGCAGGAGGGGACAGUUGAGAGAAGCAGAGCAGUUCAUGGAACAUAUGACCAGGAUGAAGGUUUCUCCUGAUUCCAUUAGCUUCAAUUGUAUAAUAAAUGGUUAUGGCAGUCGGGGUGAUGCACUAGGAGCAUUUUUCAUUUAUGAUGAAAUGAUUAGACGGGGUCAUCUUCCAAAUAGUAUUACAUAUGGAAGUUUACUUAAAGGGUUAUGUAGGGGAGGAAACUUGAGAGAGGCAAAGAAGUUUUUGAUUCAACUUCAUGAUAUUCCUUUUGCUGUUGAUAAUCUUACCUAUAACACACUUCUUGUAGAGAUUUGCAAGUCUGGAAACUUAGGGGAUGCUCUGAGUUUAUGCGAUAAAAUGAUUGAAAGCAACAUGAUACCUGAUAAUUACACUUACACAAUUCUUCUCAGUGGCUUUUGCAGGAAAGGGAAGAUUAUUCCAGCAGUUCUUCUGUCUCAAAAGAUGUGGGAGAAAGCAUUGUUUCCUAAUCAUGUUGCUUAUACUUCUUUGAUCCGUGGUUUAGCAAGAGAAGGCCAACUAAAUGCUUCUUCAUACCUGUUUGAAGAGAUGAUGAAUAAAGAAAGACUAUACCCUGACACUGCUGCUUUUAAUGCUAUGAUUGAUGGGUACUCAAGAGCAGGAAUGAUACAACAAGUGGAUGAGUUGGUUACAAUGAUGCAGGACAAAGGUCUGAAUCAAAAUCUGGCUACUUAUAACAUUCUAAUGCAUGGAUAUGUCAAAAAUUGCCAUCUACUAAGAUCAUUUAAUCUGUACAAGACAAUGUUAAGUAUGGGUUUUUCGCCUGAUAAUCGCACGUACCAUUCGCUAAUUCUUGGACUUUGCAAGUCUGAUAUGAUGGAUAUUGGGGUAAAAUUUUUGGAGAAGAUGAUGUUAGGUGGUGUUAUUCCUGAUGACUUGACCUUUAAUAUGCUUGUUACCAAAUACAGCGAGAAAAGUCAGAUGACCAAUGCUUUCAAACUUGUUAAUUCUAUGAAAUGUUUGCAAAUGUCACCCAGCAGGGACACCUAUGAUGCCAUUAUAAAUGGAUUAAAUAGAAAAGGUUGUCUGCAACAAUCAUAUGUUGUGUUGCAUGAAAUGAUGGAAAAAGGGAUUUCUCCAAAACGUACACAUUAUAUUACAUUGAUUAAUGGGAAAUGCAGGGUUGGUGAUAUAUGGGGGGCGUUCAGACUGAAAGAUGAGAUGGAAGAGCUGGGGUUAGUGCCCCAUGAAGUUGCUGAGAGCACAAUUGUUAGAGGCCUUUGUAAAUGUGGAAAGCUUGAAGAAGCAAUGCUGGUAUUUGAUGGCAUGCUUCGGACAGGAGUGAUGCCAACAAUUGCUACUUUCACUACUCUUAUGCAUGGGCUUUGCAAAGAAUCUAUGCUUGCUGAUGCUUUGUUUUUAAAGGAUGUGAUGGAACAAUAUGGUUUGAAGCUAGACGUUGUUACCUACAAUGUUCUUAUUACGGGAUUAUGUGCCAAUGAUCGUCUUGCUGAUGCCUGGAAAUUGUACAUGGAGAUGAAGGAUAAGGGCCUUUGGCCUAAUAUCACAACUUACACUGUGCUCAUCGAUUCUGUUUAUAAGGAAAAUAAACUUACUGAGGGAGAAACACUUUUGAAGGAUAUGCUAGACCGAGGCUUAAUAUCUUCACAAAACAAUAUCAGUAAUUUGCAUCAGGGGUUGGCAAAUGCAAUGAGAAGAUUAAAUAAUUUAAGGCAUUGCAGGAAAAGAAUUAAUACCAAGAAAUAAGGUGAGGUGUGUGUGACAUUUAUUGCAUCGUUGAGGUUGUCUGGUUCUUACAUGUUGCAAUUCUAUAAAGGCCAGGGAUAGUCAGGAUGUUAAACUCAAGCCUAAAGUAAAGAGAAGACACAAAGAUCUGAUCUGAACUAAUGCUUGUUGUCACUGCUGAUGAUUAGCUGGGUGCUUAAGAAGCAACAUCUACAAAAUGCAGAAUAAGCUGGUCCUUCUUGCAUAUACCUUUUUUAUUGGUUUGCCGAUCACAGCUCACAGAGAAGACAUAAUUUUCGUCUGAGCAUAACGAUUGCCUGUGCAUCAUGCAUGCCCUGUAAGUUGGUGGCAAGCAGGUGGUUAUCAAUUGCAAUUGUUCCUCUAGUGCCUGCUUCCUGCAGAUAUUGGUAGCUUGUGAAAUUUGUGGUAUGAACACAUGUCACCCGAUUCUCACAGACCAUAUACGAAGUUUGCUUUAUGAGUUUGAUUUGGAUGUAUCAGUGAUAUCAGCUUCAUGUCUGACUUUUCUGUUAAAGCAGGUUGCAUAUAACAAUUGUAUGAACAGAUUAUUUGACAUUGAGAUCUGCUAUAUUUCUUUCAAGUUCUUUGAUUUCAUGCAUCGUCAUACCAGGUGGUGGUUUGCUGGUGCCAUGCAUUUCACAUCAGACAUCCGCUAGUGAAUCUUGAGGGCUGCUGCAAGAGGGUCAUUGUAUCGAUAAUUUAAGAUAAGACCAUAGAGCAUGCAUAAUCAUGGAGUCUGACUUCAGUGGGACUUCCUUGUAUCUCAUUAGAUGAAGAGUGCUAAACGAGUUUGGGACAUCGAUUUGGUGGUGGAGAAGCCACAGUGGUUUGUUGAAGGGACCCUGAAGUCUUCCAUGCACUGGCAACCUCUAAGGAUAUUUUUUUUGUUAGGGAAUCUGGACAUGGAGCUAGUCAGGGACCUGUUGUCAAUAUGCUUUCUUGCCGAAGUUCCAUUUCUUGAAUAAUUGAAAAGGCAAGAUCAUACAACCUUAAAGUUUCUUCUGAAAUUAGGUCUCAUCAGUACUACUAAUGUAUGAUAUAAGUUUGAGAUUUGGCGUUCAUAAAGUUGUUGAGAUUGGUGGUGGUUUGUUUGCUGUUUCCCUGAGAUCAUGUUGUAUUGAAAUUUCAAGUACCUAAUUCACAUGAAAAUGGAUACUUAUGCAUUGCUACCAA